GGAUAAUAUGUAAAUAUUGUAGGUAGUAGGUACCUACUAUUGUUUUCUUGUUUACCUAUUGAAACUUAUAAAUAUUCAAACCACUUGAUUUUGUUCUAAUAAAUCUCAAUGAUUUCGUUUGUGGUUCUUCUCUUGAUUUGUGCCAAGUUCGGUGUCUCUCAGUCUCCGGCUGAAGUAGUAUCAGCUCCAAAUCCUAUUAAUGUAAAAUUUACAAAAUCUAUAGAUUUUACGGUAGAAGGUGGGACUAACUCGUGGAAAGAUGACUUGAGAAAAUUUCUUUUUCAGGAAAAUGAGGCUUUCAAUCUAGGUACCAAAAAAGACAACGAAAAUGUUUCCAACAAGUCCUCAUCUGGCUUACAUAAGUACGAAAACACUUUAAAAAAUAUAUUCGAUAAGUGCAAAUAUAUGGUUGGUAAAAGUCAAAUACCGUUUUGUCUCUUAAAUCCAGCACAAACAUUUUCUGAAGCUGAUCACGUUUAUCCAAGCAGUUGCAAAGAAAUUUUGAAAAGUGGUAAAAAUAAGUCAGAUGUGUACAUAAUCAAACCUAAAACCAGUAACAAGCCGUUUGCCGUUUUGUGCGAUAUGGAAAUUAAAGGGGGUGGCUGGACUCAUAUUCAGAGGAGGUUUGAUGGAUCUCAAGAUUUUUACCUACCUUGGAGAGAUUACAAAUUUGGUUUUGGUAACCUUAUGGGUGAAUUUUGGAUUGGGUUGGAAAAUAUUUACGAUAUGACAGCUUUUGAAACAAGCGAACUCCUGGUAGAAUUAACUGAUACAGACAAAAAGAACAGUUACGCCCAAUAUACAUCAUUCUCAAUAGGCAACGAAAAAGAUGGCUACAUACUGAACAAACUUGAAGGGUAUUCAGGUGACGCGGGGGAUUCUCUAACAUAUCAUCUCAAUCAAAAAUUUUCAACUUUGGAUGUGGAUCAGGAUAAUAAUAUUUCUGGAAAUUGUGCACAACAAUAUGAGGGAGCUUGGUGGUACAAAGAAUGUCAUUAUAGCAAUCUAAAUGGAAAAUUUAUGACUCUAGUACUACCUGAGGCAUAUAAAUAUCAUGGACUAAACUGGCAAAUCAACAAAGGGUAUGCUAAUUUGGCAGGAUCACGAAUGAUGAUACGACCAGUUCGAGAAUAAAAUAUUGUUUCCUGCAAAUUGAAUAAAUUAAAAUUGUUGUUGCAAUAAUUGCAUUAGAUUUAUUGCAUAUUUACGGUUGCACAAUAUUAUGUAUAAAUAGAAAUAUUUUUAAUAACAAUUUAACUAUAUA